AUGAAUCAUUUGACACUCCUCAACCUUCUUGCCUGUGGCUCCUUUAAUCCCAUAACAAAUAUAUACUUGCGUUUGUUUGAACUAGGAAGAGAUUGCCUUCAUCAAACAGGUCAGUUUCUCUAUUACUUCUUUCCACCUAAUUCCAAAGAAGCUGUUCCUGUGCUAAACCAGUGCUUGGAAUUUGCAGUGGACUGGAUGACGGCAAACAAACUGAAGUUUAAUCCAGACAAGUCAGAGAUGCCUGUUAAUAAUAAUGAUGGAAAGCAAUGAGUAGUCAUAACAAAGCAUCAGAUAGCAAUGGCUUGUCUUGCACUUGGGACAUCAAAUUGGAUCAGAGGAGAUCCUUGGGAGAGUCAACAGAGACAAGGGACUGAGACCUUAAGCUCUUUAUUUUAACAUAGGCACUAUUACAAAGAACUGUUUAAAUCACACCAUAUCAGGAAACUGCCUGGGGAAAACAAUAAGCCCAUAGAAAACACUGGCGGUCCAUCAUUUGAACCAUCAUUCACAGCUGUCCUGGUGCUAAAACAUCUUUGUGCAGCUGAUUUUCUGAAACCAAUUUGAGUCCCUUACCUUGGGAAGGAAGAACACAUUUCAGAAAUAGUGAGCCAGUUUGGGCUCAUGUGUAUUAGCCAUGCUAGCAGUGAUUCUUCUCAGUGUCCAGCAGAUUCAGAGGUUUUGAGUUGGUACCAAAGGAAUAUCCAUGUGGUGAGAUAGUGGAUCCAGAAUGAAACCAGUGUCACCACAAUAAGAUGCGGCUUGCGCAAAGGGCAGAAUGUGAAAUAUCUAGUUCCUGACUUUGUUAUUUCCUGUAUUAAACAACUUAAUUUAUAUACCAAAGAGACUAUAUGGAGAAAUAAAGGGGAUUUGCUGCAACCUCUUACAAAGCAAUACAGUGGUAUGUUCAGUGCUUUUAGUGACUAA